CAUGAGCUCCCGGCGCAGGCAAUGGCGAGCAAGGAGGCAAGGCUGAGAGCGAUCUCGCUGUACAAGGAACUCCAUAGGCUUGGCCGCGAAUACCCCGACCCUGCGUACAACUUCCACAAGAAGUUGCGUGGGCUGUACGAGAAGAACAGGAAUCUCACCGACCCGGAGGAGAUAGAGAAGGCGAUCAAGCUGGGCGAAUACAUUCGAAACGAAACCCUUGCUCUGUACUCGCUGCGCAAAUACCGCCAUCUGAAACGGAUGUACCCGCAAGAGUCCCCCGCCGAGCCGCUUCCAUGACCCUCAGAAGAGGCGUUUGGCUUUCUAUUUCCUCAAUUAUGGGGGGUCGCCUUGUGUAUGAUUAUGCAAAUUAACUUGCACGCAAUAUUCC